GUGUUCACUCUUGGAGACUUGACGCUGGCGGAGUAACGGAGUGUUGUGUUGCAGGAGUGUCGCAGUUUCUCACGCAGAACUUCCUAAUUCAUCGGUGUCUACGAGUGGGAAGAGCAAACAUGGCACAGGCUAUUAAGGAAAGAUUUGAAAAGUUCCUUCACGAAAAGAACCUCCUGACGGAUGUCCUUGCCAAGAUCGAAGCAAAGACGGGAGUCAACAGGGCGUAUAUAGCUGUGGCUGUCGUCGCCAUCAUCGCGGUGUACUUGGUGGUUGGUUAUGGAGCCUCCCUGCUGUGUAACCUCAUCGGUUUCCUUUACCCAGCCUACAUAUCCAUCAAGGCUAUUGAAAGUGCCACCAAAGACGAUGAUACCAAAUGGUUGACCUACUGGGUGGUGUACGGACUCUUCAGUGUCGCAGAGUUCUUUGCAGACAUCUUUCUCUCCUGGUUCCCAUUUUACUACAUUGGAAAGUGUGCCUUCUUGGUUUGGUGCAUGGCUCCAACUCCUUCCAACGGCUCGGUCCAGAUUUACAAUCGCAUCAUCCGCCCCUUUUUCCUCAAGAAUGAAGCCAAGAUUGAUGAUGCGGUCAAGAACAUAAAGGACAAGGCAUCAGAAGCUGCUGACAAGUUUAAAGAUGAGGCUAAAAGAGCAACAGCCAACAUCAUGUUUGAGGAGAAGAAGAGCUCUUAAAAAGGUCCCUGCAGCUGUUCCAGAAAAUAAUGUUGCCUUGUUUAUAUUUAAUGGAUGACCUGUCUGCUAUGUAACGUCAAUUAAAGCCUGGUGCCCCACUA